AUGACGAGGAAAAUUAUUAGUUUCGCUGGACUAUUCAUUUUUGCUCUCAUAAGAAUUAGUGUUGGGAAUGGCGAGUUUGCAUCAAAGAGUGAACUUCCUUUUUGGAACCAUUCCUUGCCAUGGGACCAGCGUUUAGACGAUUUAUUAAAUCGUUUAAAAGUGGAUGAUAUGACAUACCAGCUUGCGAGGGGAGGAGCGGAUCCAAACGGGCCAGCUCCGGGGAUCAGUCGUCUGCAGAUUGGCAAGUAUGUUUGGAACACUGAGUGCCUGCGCGGGGAUGCUCAGGCUAAGAAUGCCACUGCCUUUCCACAAGCUCUCGGCCUAGCUGCAGCUUUCAGCCGGGACCUCUUAUUUCAAGUUGCCAAUGCAACCGGCUAUGAGGUCAGAGCUAAGAACAACUACUACAAAGCACAUGGAGACUUUAACAAUCAUCAAGGACUGAGUUGCUUCAGUCCUGUCAUCAACAUCAUGAGACAUCCAUACUGGGGAAGAAACCAAGAGACAUAUGGUGAGGACCCAUACCUGACGGGAGAGCUUGCUAAGAGCUUUGUACGGGGACUCCAGGGCAACCAUCCUAGGUACAUUUUGGCUAACGCUGGAUGUAAACAUUUUGCAGCUUAUUCUGGACCUGAAAACUACCCCUCAUCAAGGUUCUCAUUCAAUGCCAAGGUGUCAGAUAAAGAUUUGCAGGUGACAUUUUUCCCAGCCUUUAAAGAGUGCAUCAAGGCAGGAACGUACAGUUUCAUGUGCAGCUAUAACAGUGUAAAUGGCAUCCCUGCUUGUGCUAACACCUAUCUCUUGACAGAUGUUCUGAGAAAAGAGUGGGGGUUCAAAGGUUAUGUAGUCAGUGAUCAGAGAGCACUAGAGCUGGAGGAAAUCUCGCACAACUACACCACAUCAUAUCUGGAAACUGCUGUUAAGAGCCUCAAAGCAGGGUGCAACCUGGAUUUGGGACAUAAUUUGCCUGCUGUAUAUGAUUACCUUACAGAAGCGGUUCAACUUGGCAUGCUAACCAUCAAAGACCUUCGAGACAGUUUGUCUCCUCUUUUCUACACCCGCCUACGUCUUGGUGAGUUUGACCCUGUGGAUCUCAACCCCUAUGCCCAGCUCAAUGCGGAUCAAGUUGUACUGUCACCUGAACACCAACAACUUGCAGUGAAGGCUGCCCUCAAGAGCUUUGUGCUUAUCAAGAAUGAGAGGAACACUCUGCCAAUAGAGGGCAUCAUUCAAACUUUAGCAGUAGUAGGACCUUUUGCCAAUAACUCCAACCUCCUCUUUGGUGAUUACGCACCUGAGCCUGACUCUCGGUUUGUUACCACGGUCCUGGAAGGUCUGUCACCCAUAGCAACCAAGACCAGGAAUGCCUCUGGAUGUCCGUAUCCUAAGUGUGAAGCCUACGAUCAGCAAGGUGUCAUGAAUGCUGUGGCGGGAGCAGACAUGGUGGUUGUUUGUCUUGGAACAGGGAUUGGUAUUGAAAUGGAAAGUAAUGACAGACAUGACAUGCUGCUUCCAGGCAAACAAGAACAACUCCUCCAAGAUGCUGUACGCUAUGCCUCAGGGAGACCAGUUAUCCUUCUUCUUUUCAACGCUGGACCUCUGAACAUCACUUGGGCUAUGUCCAGCCCUUCAGUUCAAGCUAUCAUAGAGUGUUUCUUUCCUUCCCAGGCAACGGGUGUGGCUCUGAGGAUGAUGUUCCAGAAUGCCCCUGGCUCAAACCCUGGGGGCAGGCUUCCUUCCACCUGGCCCGCUAUGGAUGCUCAGAUCCCACCAAUGGAGAAUUAUUCCAUGGAUGGGCGUACCUACCGCUAUUUCCACGGUGAUCCUCUGCUUCCAUUCGGCUAUGGGCUUUCCUACACAUUAUUCAACUAUUCUGAUCUGAUGGUGACACCUGCUUCCAUACAACCAUGCCAGAAUGUUACGGUUAAGGUGACAGUCAAGAACAUUGGGAAUUAUACAGGAGAUGAGGUAACACAAGUCUAUAUCAGCUGGCAGAAUAUCAGCACGAAGAUGCCAAUACGACAACUUGUUGACUUCACCCGAGAAGAGCUAGCCCCCGGGAAAAGUGUCUCCCUUGAGUUCAAGAUUGUCCCUCGUGUCAUGGCCGUGUAUACUGACCACUGGUUCCUCGAGCCUUGCACUAUUGACGUUUUUGUAGGAGGGCAGCAACCUGGGCAGAAAGUCAGGGCCCCUUCCAAUGUCCUGAAUGCUAAGUUCCAGAUUGCUGGGGUGGUUACGCCCCUCUCAAAGUGCCCCUACCCAGGGUAAAUGUUGGUAUUGAUAUUUGUGUUGAUAAAGGAUGAUAUGUGAUUGCAAGCCCAACACCUAAUCAAGUCAAUCAAAACCUAGCACCAGCUUUAUUUCAGGUCCAGUGUUAUGUUUAGUGCUAUUUUAACACCAACACUAGCUUUAUUUCAGGUCUAGUGUUAUGGCUGGUGCCAGGUUAGCUCAAACACUAACACCAACUUUCUACAUACUUGACCCGUUUUUUAUUCACUGCCAGAGAUUGUGCAAAUAACUUUAGAGUGAACACUCUAUUAUAGUUCAUUAUUUAUUUACAAAAGUGUAUUUCACACUGAGAAGCUUAUAGUGCUUAUGCACACAUGUUUAUUGAAUAUUUAACCCUACAUAUUUGUAUCACAGGUAGUCUAGAAUUGAUGAAAAGAAAAUCAAUUUAGAGCAAAAGGAGUUCAUUUUUAUUCCAUUCAGUCUAUAUAUGCAGAUCAGCCAAUCUUACUUUUAUCCAUCAGAAUAUCACCCGAUAAUUUGUUAUAUGCUUUGUAGAUCUGUGUUAUUUCUAAAAGGAAGUACAAUGUGCAUGUAUAGUAGAUCAAAGUACUGUGUAUUUGUCACAUGAGGAAGGGGUAUAUUUUUAUUUGAUUCAAGAAAGAUUAAUUUAUUUUUUAAUGGGGCAAUUUUCAUGUCAAGAUGCAAUAAAGAUGCAGUAUUAGAUGUGAACAAAAAUGUAAAUAUCCUUAUGACUUUGACUUGCAUUUACUUACUAUUUCAAAAGUUUUUUUAUUAAAAAAAAAAUAAUUGCAUUUCAUUUAAAUAUUAUGGUAGAGUGUGAUGUUCAAUGCUGUACGAUUAUGUAUAGUAAGCGAUUUUUUCCAUUAUUUUAACUUAAAUGACAGACAUGACUUAUUAGAUCCUAUAAAUAUUUCUGUGAUUUCUGUGAUUAUUGAGUACUUAUAUUGUGAAUGUGGUAUUUUGUAAAUUUUCAAAAUUCCGUAAAAGAUGUUGAAGUAAAUAUUCAUUUUCAUGUUUAUUUUUAGAUUUUUUUUAAAAUCAUGACUUUAUUCAAGUUCAAAACUUUGAAGCAAACAUAUAUACAUGUGAUACAUAUGAAAGGCCGGGUCCAUCAUUUCAUCAAAACUAGCACUCUCAAUCUGUGUUUACAUAACCAAUCAUCAUGAUUAGCAAAUUAUUCUAGGCAAUCACUUUAGUACAUGUAUGCAAUGUUCACUGAUAUAAGAUCAUGAAGGACAUAUAAAAGAGAACAAAUAUUAACUCACUAACUUCCUUCCUAUUCAAAGAAAACAAUUAAAGUGAUAGUUUAGAAUACCCAAUUUCUUGGAAGAAAAGGAGAAUGAAGCUCAUUGCGAAUUAAUCAUGCCAAAACAAUCAGUGUAGGUAUAAUGUGGGUUUGAUUUCAAAAGAAAUAUGGAAGCUGUGAUAAUGAUUUGGUUUACUGGUGAUUCCAUUACCAUGGUUGAAUACCACUGUAUCAUGAAUAUAUUAGAAACUUGUUGAAAUAAGAGUGCACAGGUUGUACUUGUAGAGUCAUACUUUUCUCCAAUUGUGAAAUAAGGGCAAGAUAAAAUAAAAAUGCUCAUAACUUUGAUAAUGAUAGUGGAAUACGUUUCAUAAUUAUUUCAAUAAAUGUGCAAAAUGGGUAAAAUAAAAUCUAGUAACAUGCAUAUGCAGCGCAUGACACAUGUCAUGCAAAAUCUCAGAUUUGUCAUUUUAUCUGUUAUGUUAUGCAUAAUUAAUGAUACAAACAGAUCAGAUAUGGAGACAAGACACAUACCAAUGAGAAAUUGGUCAAAAUUUAUUAUAUUAAUGGCUAUUUAUACACCUUGCAAUCAGUGAUAUCCUUAUUUUCUAUGAGUAGUGGAAAUUUAAUGUUUGAUAAUUUAUUUUCAUUUAUGAAUAAGUAUAUUAUGAACCAUGAACUAUUUUAAUGCUAAUAUAAAUGAACAGAUCAAUAACCUAGAGUUUGAAUAGUUUAUACUGAGGCUUCAAAGCUAAAGAACAACAAUGAUUACUAGAGGGUGGGGGAAGAAAGAACAUAAAGCACUUUUCUUAGAGAGUGAGAGGGAAAGAGGGGAGGGAGGAGAAAGCAGGAAAAAUAGAACGCAGAAUAAAUAUUGGUGAUAUUUUGCAUCAACUAAAAACCAAAGAGCUGUAAAGGGCUGAUAUGAACUGGUGUCCAAUAAUAAACUCUCUUUAUUAAACUUAUUGUUUAUAUCUUUGUAAUACAUACAGGAUUUUUUUCAGUUUUGGUCUUGGGAUUUUUUUGUACCUUAAAAAAAAGCACAUGUGUCUUCCCUUUGUAUAGAAAAUGGUAGAAUACUGCAAAAGAAAAUCUCAGGAUUCAUCCGAGAUCAUGUAUCUUUGUAUAACAUGUUGGAAAUGUUUCACAAAGAAAUACAUAAAAUAUAUGACCGUUCAUUGUUGAGAAUAUUUGUACUAAAAAAGGAGGCUUUAUAUUUUUGUAUUUUGAUGAAUCCUU